UCUGAAGUUGUUUAGGAACACAUCUGUCCGUGGCUCCCUGGGGCAAAUUAAAAUGCUUUAAACCUCAGCCGCAGUUCCAAUUGUGCUCUUCUUUUGUUUUUACAUAAAAACCUGAGCUGUCUAAUAUGAUAAACGCGGAUGAAGUCGCCAAAAUGUGUUACGAGCGUUUUAGCCAGCUGCCCCGGAGAGGGAAGCCCGAGCCGGGCAGAGAGUGGACCCUGCUGGCCGCUGUGGUCCAAAUCACGCAGGUUAAAGGCUCUGACUCAGUUGAGAAGGAAGUCGUUUCCAUGGGAACUGGGACCAAAUGUAUUGGACGGUCAUCUAUGAGUCCCAAUGGUGAUGUGCUUAAUGACAGCCAUGCAGAGGUCAUCGCCCGGAGGGGGUGCAUCAGGUAUUUAAUCCAGGAGCUGCUCCGAGCUGUGAGCGGUCGGGGAAGCGCCGUGUUUUGUCCGUCUGAUCAAGGGAGGUGGAAGCUUCAGCCAGGGGUUUCGUUCCUUCUCUUUACCAGUCACACCCCUUGUGGGGAUGCUUCCAUCAUCCCCAUGAGUGACAGCCCGUCUCAGCCCUGCCCCCCCGUCACAGAUGACUGUGGAAGGACCGAUGGAGGAAGAGACCUGAAAAGGAAAACAGAAGAACCGGGUGGGAGGCAAAACUCAAAGCUCCCACGUCUCGAUGAAACGACAACAGAAGAAGACAGAAAACAGCUGGAAGCCUGGACUGUAGGGAGGAGUCUCAGGCAAAUGGCCUCAGAGGAUCAGGGCAAACCCGUGGCAUCCACAGAGCCAAACCAGAACAUCUGUCCGGGGGUCCCUGACGUCCACAGGACGGGGGCCAAGUGUGUCCCGGGCGGCCCGGCCGACCCUCUGCUCCCCGGGGAGGGAUACCACAGCACAGGGGUGCUCCGGGUGAAACCGGGCCGUGGAGAGCCCACUCUGUCCCUGUCCUGCAGCGACAAAAUGGCCCGCUGGGGUGUGCUGGGCUUCCAGGGCGCGCUGCUGUCCCAUUUCCUGGAGGAGGCCCUGUACUUCAGCGCCGUGGUGGUGGGGAAGUGUCCGUACAGCCGGGAAGCCAUGCACAGAGCUCUGGUCGCAAGGUGCUCCCACGUGUCAGAGCUGCCCGCCGGCUUCUCUGUGUGCCCGCCGGUCCUGCUGCACUCCAGCCUGGAGUUCACCUUCAGCCACAAGCAGACGGAGCGCCAGCACCAGGCCGGCCAGGGACGCGUGUCCCCCUGUGGAGCAGCCAUCAGCUGGUGUAAUGUGGCAGAGCAGCCACUAGAUGUCACUGCUAAUGGCUACAAACAAGGAGUCACUAAGAAGGCCCUGGGCACGCCAAAAGCCAGGUCUCUGCUAUGUAAAGUGGAGCUCUUCCAUUCCUUCCUGUCUCUCGUUUCGGCCACAGAUGCUUCGUCUCUGCCCGACACUCUCAGGCCGGCGGAGCUGCACACCUACUGGGACUACAAGCAGGCGUCCCAGUCCUACCAGCAGGCCUGGCAGCAGCUGCGCCGCCAGGCCUUCCCGCUGUGGCCGCGGGGGGCCAGAGACCUCCUGCUCUUCCGCUGAAAGCCGAGCCGGCAGCAGGAAUGUCCCCCCACGGACCUGGCUCUAGCCCCCCCCGCUCCCCGAACGGGGCCGUCAAAAACCUGCUUUUUCAAGCCGGAGUCGGCCG